AUGGCGGUUCUCCAUUAUCUCGAAUUCAUCAUUGGCCGGCUGCUGUACCCAAUCCGUGGCCAUGAUUCGGGCCAAAUCAUUCAUUGCCCGGCCUUCAAAGACCUUCCCGGGCCCAACAUGACCCUCGAAUCACCCGAAGCCGGCCCCUCGGGCUCCAAGCUUCCUCUCCACUGUACCUGCAAAGCCUCUGAUGGCAAAGGUUGUCUUCCUGAGCUUCGCUGGACCGCUCCAAACUGUCGCGAGCAAGUCAAGGAGUAUGUGCUCCUAUGUGAAGACCUCGAUCCACCGAUUCCAUUCUUCAUCUUCCACCAUGGCCUCUUCUGGGCAAUCCCCACCUCAGUCACCAAGGCCGAAGCGGCUAAUGUCCACCCGGAGGAACUCGCUAAGAUCUCCCGCCUCACUGUUGCUGGUUGGCGCUUUGUCCCCAACGUGCUCGGAUCGCCGUAUGUGGGUGCUGGGGCACCCCUUGGCCACGGAAAACAUCGCUACGUCUUUACCAUUAUCGCUCUUAAUGAAUCGCUGAAGUUCAAGGCUCCUGAGAAAGUUUCCAAGAAGGAUAUAAAGCGCGCUAUGACGGGCAAGGUCAUCGGCUGGGCGCAGUGGACUGGCACCUUUGAAAAGCCUUGGCCCAACUAG